AUGAACCAUAAAGACAAGAACAAAAGGAUUCAGCUGCUGAAUGAUUUGGGACGGUUCAAAGGAAAGAAAAUAACAGUGACAUUUAUUGACGGAAAGUCUCUGACUGGAAGACUUCUCUCGUUUGAUGAGGUUGGAAACUGUGUGCUCAAGAAAUGUGGAGAGUGGGUGUAUGGAGAAUCGGUGGUGUGCUUAGGACGAAGCAUUGUGCUGGUUUGCAUGGGUGUUCCACAUGUUCUAUAG